CGCUCCUCUAGCAACGAGAUGACGGACGUCUUUGUGUAUGGCACGCUCAAGCGGGGCUUCUUCAACCACGACGUGUACCUCAAGCCCGCGGAAGAGAAGGGCAAGGCGACCUUCCGCGGGGUCGCGACCACCGCGGGGCCCUUCCCGCUCGUCGUCGGCGGCGACCGCUGCGUCCCGUUCCUCCUCGACAUCCCCGGCGAGGGCGUCCCGAUCCAAGGCGAGCUCUACACGGUCGACGACGCGUGCUUGCAGGGCCUCGACAUCCUCGAGGCCGUUGCGUCCGGCUACUACAAGCGCGUCAAGAUCCCCGUCAUUCUGAACCACGAGACCAUUGCCUCGUACGUCUACAUGCGGGCGGUCGAGCCCAACGACCCGCUCGUCGAGCUCGAGAAGGUCCCGUCCUACACGCUCGAGGCCGCGAAAGGGUAUGCGCCGCGGACCGAGAUCCCGAACCUCGAGAUCCUCGCACUCAUUUACGAUAUUGAGAGCCAUCGCCUCUCGGAGCUGGAGAUGGACCUUCGGGCCAUCAUGGCCCGUGGCGCAACGUUCCAAGAAGCGUGGCAAUCUCUCCUUGGGUAAGGCGAAUAUACACGACGUUUUUAUUGCUGGUAGACAAA